AUGUCAUAUGACUUUCACAUCCUGUUGUAGUGCUUCAGAGCUAACAGAGAGCGAAGAUACAGCGCCAGCUUUGGUCACAGCCGCAGUUAGUGUCAGUCAUCCGCGGGGGUAUCUAAAAUUGAACGUUAAAACCAUGUUUCGCCACGUUUGUCUAACGAUGCUUCUGGUUAUAGCCAGUGGUAACCUGAGUUCCACUCAAAAUCUUACAACAGUGGCACCAACUUCUCCUGCCACUGUUGUACCAACCCUAGCUCCUACCACCACCACUACCACCACCACCACCACCACCACCACCACUACCACCACUACCCCAGCUCCAACUCCUGCCAACACAACCACCCCAGCUCCAACUCCUGCCAACACAACCACCCCAGCUCCAACUCCUGCCAACACAACCACCCCAGCUCCAACUCCUGCCAACACAACCACCAUUGCUCCAACUCCUGCCAACACAACCACCAUUGCUCCAACUCCUGCCAACACAACCACCAUUGCUCCAACUCCUGCCAACACAACCACCCCAGCUCCAACUCCUGCUAAUACAACCUCUCCUGCCCCGACCACCCAAAACGCCACCACACCUUCCCCUCCACUGCCCAGUCCCCAAACUGGAAACUACACCCUUCGACCACAAGCCAACUCCACUGCUUGUUUUAUGGCUAGAAUGGGCCUGCAAGUCAGCUAUAAGCAAGGCGAGGAGGUGAAGAGCAUGAACCUGGAUCCUAAUGCGAGCGUCAGUGGAUCGUGUGGCAGCAAUGGUACCGACUCCAUCCUCAAGCUGGAUUCGAAGGACAUCUCCAUGCUCUUUGUGUUUGCUAAUGUGACCAACAGAUUCCGCCUGCACUCAUUGAAUGUCACUGUUACCGACACCGCUGGGAGCAAAUUGAGUUACGGCAAUACCAGCUUGGCCCUCUGGGAGGCGUCAGUGGGCAGCUCCUACAUGUGCAAGAAGGAGCAGAGCUACGACAUCACCGGCUCUCUGACCCUCCACACCUUUAACCUGCAGGUCCAGCCUUUCGCAGUGGAGGAGGAUAAGUUCAGCACAGCGGAGGAUUGCCAGGCUGAUGGGGAAAACUACAUUGUCCCCAUAGCAGUGGGAGCUGCCUUGGCUGCCCUUAUUCUUAUAGUCUUGGUGGCCUAUUUCAUUGGGAGGAGGAGAAACCAAGCCAGUGGCUAUGAGUCUUUCUAAGUCACCUACCCUGUGUCCAGAUCAUUGGUGAAAUACACAGAAUUCUGAUCACAGUAAUACAGCAUGACUACUGUCUUGGCUUCGAUGAUGAAAUGCAGAUUCUUACUCGGCAGAACCUAAUACUUUCUAGCAUGAAAUAGUUUUCUAAUCGUUAACGUUCUUUUGGAUGUGAUUUUAAUGCAUCGCAGGGCCAGCAAUUUCCCCUUAACAUGCAAACAUUAAUCUGCUUCUGGGCAGUUCAAAUGCAGUCAACCUAAACUUGCCCUCCAAGUAUUAACACGAUAAUAUCUGAUUCUUUUUCUGCUCACCUCCCACUGAAAUCAUUUGAAAAUCCUAGUUUGCUGACGCAAGGCCCCCGUGCAUCCAACGUGAUGGUGUAUUGCUCUCCCUCCCGAUGUAACUCACCAAGUAUCCAUCUCAAUGUUCUCUCUUCAGUAAUCACUCACCUGCACCUUUCUCUCUUUCUUUCUUUCUCUCUCUCUCUUUCUCUCUCUCUCCCCCCCGGCAGCUGAGGAGUGCUUCUUGGACUCUGACUUGAGCUUUCUAGUGCCCAUUGCUGUGGGCAUGGCACUCAGCUUCCUAAUCAUCCUUGUACUUAUCUCUUACCUGAUUGGCCGGAGGAAGAGUCGCACUGGCUACCAGUCUGUAUAAUUCACUCAUUAGCACCACCACUAACCCCCCCCCCCUGCCCCCAUCACACUCUUUCUGCCCUCCUCCGCCCCGGCACUCAACCUCUCUUAGAUGUCUUCUCCUCGUUUGAUUGGUUUGGAAUAUGAAUUCUAAUCAUAUCAGUGCAGGUUCUAGGUGUUCUGAGAUCAGAUAGCCAAGUCAGACGGCAACUGAAAUGUGGCUGCAUUAUUUUAGUGUCAACCAAAAAUGGAAGAUGAUCAUAAGCUCUCCAACUUGGUCUCCAUUCUCAAGGGUGGUUUCAUGAACCUGGAAGACAUUAGCCCAAUAGAAAAAACUUAAACCUGCUUAUGAACAUCCUUUUAUUUUUUAAAUGACCACGUGUCUGAUCUUAUUAGUAUUACAGACCUCUAAACUGCAGAUCUGUAGUCCUGUGGCAAUUUGAUGACGGCUACCUGGACCACAUGAAGAAUACUUACUUGACAUGUUUUAUUUACGGAUUUAAGUCUGAUUUAAGAGUUGCUUGUAAGAAGGGUACACCUUGAUCUAGUCUGAGUCAAAUCGAGGCAUUUAGCUGAACAUCAAAAUGCUAAAUGGGUUGAUUUCAAUAUCAAGCAGGUUUAGGAAACCACCUGUGGAUGUGUCACGCAUGAGAAGUGCAUCAGCUGAAUGGCUCGCUCUCUCUCUCUCUCUCCUGUAGAAAAGCUGCAUUUAGGCUCUUUUCUUUAAAAAAAAUAUAUUUUUAGUUUGUGCUGUAUAAUAUUGAUGUCAAUGAUUUUUGUGCUGUAUUGAAUUGAUGAAUAAGGUGACUUUUAAUUAUGAAUUUCAUGACUAAUGCUAAUUUCGAAGCCCUUGAAUGUAUGUCAUGCACAUGUUGAAAUUUCUGAAAACACUCUGAUGUGGAUUCAUCACUUGAUUGUUGAAAUCGUAACCAUGUACUUGUGACAUUACCUUUUGCACUUAAUAUACCCUCUACUGUUAUAAAGGGACACUAAUCAUAACUGACACUUUACUAGCAUUUGAAACAGUGGUGAACAGACCGUAAGAUUUGGACUGAGAUUUCUUCCUCUUCAAGUCUCUCAGGUAAAGGGAGAUCGUGUCGAUACAGCAGCAAGCGACGUAUCCGUGAGACUUUUGUUUUUGUCUUCACUUUCAUUUGGUGCGCUCAUCCUCACACAUUACGAUGGCAGAGAAGGGAUUAGUUUCAGCACGUUGUAUGGGGUUGAUGACUGCCAGAACAUCUCUCAGAACAGGCCAAUUCAGCUGAUACAAACAUCCAGUUUUAGCCCUCAGAGGUCUCUGACGCAACUUCAAACAGUGAAAUUGAUAUUUAUCAGUCACAAAAUGAUCGCAGAGUACUGAAAUGUUGUGCCUUGGUUGCACUCCCUUGUUUUUCUCCAUUAUAAUGUCUGUCUCGAUCGGUUGAAGAAUGUCACGACAAGUAUCCUAUACCAUGAUGAGAAAAUGAAAUAAAAUGGCUUCCCUAUUUUGUAAA